GUGCCGCGGCCGGCAGGUGAGGGGGAAGCAGGAGGAGAAGGGCGGGAAUAGCCGGCCAGGUCGCGGGUCGUCGAAGAAGCCCCGCGGCCCUUGGUCCCCGCUGAAGCUCGGGGGGAUCUUGGGGUCUGCGGAUCUCGUGGAGGGGGCUCGGGCCAGUGCGCGUGCGCGGCGGGAGGAAGCGCGAGCCAGGUGCCAGGUAAUUUGGCCUCUGGGGAUGCCCUUAAGGGAGAGAACAGCCUCUGUGACGGUGGCAGGCUUGGGCCGACAGCAUUUGUACCCGAUUGUCGUCUCAGCGCUUCAUCAGAAUGGACGCUCUGCCGAACUUUGUCCCUCCAGCGGGCGGACGGGGCGAUCUCGUCGACCCACAAGUAGAAUUGCAAAAAUUGUUAAUUGAUGAAAGGAUGCGAUGCGAACAUCAUAAAAGCAAUUACCAAACUCUAAAGGCAGAGCAUACAAGGCUACAGAACGAAUACAUAAGAUCACAAAAUGAGCUCAAGCAGCUGCUGGAGGAAAAGCAAACUGUUCACGACAAAUUUCAGGUUCUGCUUGCCGAAUUUCGAGAGGAAUUGCUGAAUAAAACGAAAGAAGUAGAGGAAUUAAAGACACAGGUGAUAACUCCACAAAAACUGGAAUUACUGAAAGCACAAAUACAGCAUGAUUUAGAAACACCUAUGAGAGAACGCUUUCGGAAGCUGGAAGAGGAAGGAGAAAAAUACAGAACGGAAUAUAACAAACUUCGUUACGAACAUGCUUUUCUCAAAUCCGAAUUUGAGCACCAGAGAGAAGAGCAUGGCCGCAUUUUGGAAGAGAGAAAAAUAAAAUACGAGUCUGAGGUAGCAAGACUGGAGAAAGACAAAGAAGAUUUGCAUGGCCAGCUUCUUAGUGUCGAUUCUUCAAGAGACAACAAGCAAGUGGAAGCGCUGCUGAGAGAAAAGGCCCAGCUGGUCCAGAAAGUAAAGGUGUUGGAAGCUGAAGUGGCAGAACUUCGAGCCCAGAAAGAAAACUCCGGCAUGCAAGCGGAAAAUGUCCAAAGGAUACAAGUACGUCAGUUAGCCGAGAUGCAGGCUGUGGUGAGAUCCCUGGAGGCGGAGAAACAGUCAGUGAAGCUGCAGCUGGAGCGCGUUGAAAAAGAACUGCUGCUGAGUAACGAGCAAAACGCAGCCUUAACCAGCAAGCUGCAUAAAGCAGAACGGGAGAUUGGUGCUUUGACUACAAAAGCUGAAGAAGUGAAGCACGCAAACAGGUUGGAAAUAACAAACGUCAAGCUGGAAGCCGCACGAGCCAGGAGUGAGAUUGAAAGAGAAAGAAACAAACUUCAGACCGAAAUAGACGAGUUACGCUCCGAUAAUGAAAUAUUGAAGACGACGUUAGAGCGGCACAAAGUGCUUUUAAUGGAAAAGGAUCGGGAGUUGGUGCGCAAAGUACAAGCCGCAAAGGAAGACGGUUUCCAGAAGCUUGCAGCAUUUCAGGAGGAAAAACUAGAACUUGAAACCAAAUUGGCAGAAAUGGAGAAAAACAAAAUGGAGCAAGACUGCGAGAGGCAACUGGAAAGGGAUCAAUAUGAAAAGAAAAUCUCUUCUCUGCAAUUGGCAGAGGAGUCCAGCAGGAGGGAAAUUCAGAACCUUAGGCUGAAGCUUCAACAGCAAGUCAUUAAUUCCGAAGGGCUGGAAAAAGAGAGAAGCGACAAUGCUCACCUCAAGCAGCACAUCCAAGAGUUGCAGCUCCGCGUGGCUUCGCUUUCGCAGUCAGAGCAGGACUUCCUGGAUUCCAAUCAGAAACUCAAAGAAAUGCUGGAAAGGUUAAAAAACGAAUGCCAGAAUGCCAGAAGUCAAGCAGAGAGGGCUCAGUUAGAGGCAGCGAGGAAUAUAGAAGACAAGCGUGUGGAGUGGAUGGAGGAGAAACAUAAACUCGUUCAGCGCGUCACAAAGGCAGAAGAAACCUACGACCAGAUGAGACAGAAAUUACACCGGGCAUCAGUUGUUCAGAAAAAGAGAAAGACACUGAACGACAAUAAGCAAAAGAAACUGCUGGAGAAGAUAGAGCUCUUAGAAGCCAAGAAAGAAGAGCUGGAAAUUGAAAAACAGGUGUUGAACAGACAGAACGUUCCUUUUGAAGAACACAUCCGGCUUCAGAAAAGGCUAAAAGACUUGCAGCGCAGACACAACGAAUUCCGCCAAUUGAUUCUGUAUCCCAGCAUCCCAACCCAGAACCCCAUCACUUCAUUGUCAUCCACUGUUGUCCCCAGGCCCGAGGCAUCCUUCUAUCAUCUCCAAGAGGAACAGCAUCAAAGAGAACUUUCUCUGCUCCGCAAACGCCUGGAAGAACUGGAGACCACACAGAGAAAACAGCUGGAAGCGCUCGGUGCCUCUACCGACCGUGUUAGAUCAGUAGCAAGUUCAGACUCUUGAUACGUAUGUUGGAAAAGGAUGGUCCACCACCUGGGAACACUAAAUCUGCUCCAACACUAAACGAUUAAGCAUUAGAUGCACAUUCUCCCUUGCCAAAAGCAUUCACACAAUGUGCCUUGAAUGAAAUACUGAAGUAUAUCCUUUGUUGUUUUGUAACAUUUUGAACUAAAAAGUUAAUUUCAACCAAUACAGUCAUGCAAAAUAAAAAUAACUUGAAGAAAAUAUCUUCUAAAUUCAGAUUAUAAGGCUUAUAAUCAAAUUUAAGGUUAUACGUUGUGCUAAAACUUUUUCUAAUAAUGUUUGUAUGCAAAAAUUCCUUGUAAAAUCUUUUGUUUUAUAUAUAUAUAUAUAUAUAUAUCCAUUUUUCAUUAAUAGAUUACUGUGAUUUGGAAGUGGGCAGCAGCAGUCCAUGCAGACUAGAAAAGGAGGUGGAAUUUUGGGAUCACUAAUUUUAUAUAACAUAAUACUUGAUUAUUUGCACUUUAACGUGACAUUAUGGGUUACUGAAAGUGAUUGUUUGCACUUUAAUAUGACAUUAUGGGACACUGAGAGAAAAAAACAAGUCCUUCAGCUAUCAUAAAUGAAGUAUGAAUAUUUACCUUUUUUACAGAGAUAUUUGUAUGCUGUGCAAAUAAAUGUUUUUAACAAUGAUCA